CUCCGGCACACGAAUCGGUUAUAACAGCAAGCACGGCUUUAAACUAGCUUAACCUGCAACAUUGACCUUGACUAUUAGCUAGCAUUGCUAACUGAUAGUUCUUCACGAUGUCUGCUGUAUCGCACGGCACUCGUCACCUUAGACAAGGUAUCGGCGGGACCAAACACUAUGCCCCUGGGGCAGGUCCUGCUCGAUCACUUCAUAGCUCUGCGUUCAUACCACCACUACGAACGCCCCAAGCGUCCACUACUCAACGAAUUUUCACAAACUCUCGUAACCUUGUCUCCAGAUUCUUUGCUCAUUUAACUACUCCAGGACUUGCACAUUCCACCUCAGCUGUUGCAGUCGCUCCGAGUCACUCGCUCGUCCCAUCGUACUCGCUCCCUGUGAGAAAUGCGCUUUACCGCCCCUUAUCUUUGCCACGCCUUCCUCGCCCGCCUCCCAUCCCCGGGAAUGUAGCUAAUGUUGGUCUUGGCACUGUUCGUUCAUUCCAUUCUGCGCGCCCCAUAUUCCAGAAUGUUGUGGAUAAUGUUCCUAUUGCCACCCGCGCACUUUGGGAGGCUGAAUGGGAACUCAAGGCGAAGAAGAAGGAGGAACGCAAAUUGCGCAAAGUUAAGGAAAAUGUCGCACCCCCAAAGUCCAAGGAAAUGCUCAAGCCAAAGCCGAAGCUCAUUGUUGCUCAAAUCCCCACCGAAGUCGACAUCUCUGAACUUGACCAUUACAUGCCGCAACCUGCUUUGCCGGAAGUGACGACUUACCUUCUCGUUCCUAUCGCGCCUACUCCCACCGCUCGUCUGCCCCUAUCUGCACAUUCCACCGUGGGAACUAGCUCACUCCAUCCGCUUCUUCCUGUACCUGAAAUUGCUGCUGCGCAUAGGAUGCAUCGUAAUCAUUCGCUUCGUGUGUCCACUCUUUUUUCCCGAUUGGAUACUGCGAACGUGUGGGAUGAUCCUGGCGUUGGCGUUGAUGCCUACGCCUUUGGUCCCGGUUUAGGAGAUAAUCCGAGCGAUAAACAGUGCACGAUACUUCGGGUCACAUUUGCAGGUUGGACAGCUGCCCAAGUGCGCAGCGUUACUGGAGAAAGCGGACAAGGAUGGUGUACUCUCGAUGAAGUUUACUCAGACGCUAUGUCUACUUCCUCGCAGACGAGUGCCAUCGAGGACGAAGAGGUUUUAUUAGAUCCCCAGUCCGUUGCUUCUAGUAUCGAGCUCGAUUCAGCAUCCUUGUCAGAACUGGACCUUGGCAAAGAUGCUGACGUCUGUUCAGACAUCGAACUUGAUUCGGAUGACUGGGACUAUGGGCUUGGGUUAUCGCCCUCUCCUGACGUACAGGACAACUUCGUUCUGCCAACGCUAGACUUUUCGUCAUCAUUUGCGCAGGUUGCGUCUCCCACCCAAUCAUUGGCUUUACCGCCGCAGAUUAUCCUUCGCACAGCGUCGGAGCUUGCCGAGGAGUUUAGUGGUGUAAGGUCCCCCACUUCAUCGUUUUCGCUCUCGCCGUCACUCUCAUCGUGCGACCACCUGUCUGAUCUGGAGGCAGACACAAUUCCACAUGUUGCAGAAAGCGAAAUAGAGAGGUCGUGGCUGGGUGUUAGCAUGGGGCUGAGCUCCUCGUUCACUGAGAGACUUGAGGCGCUGCGAUAAUUGGAGAUUGAUCGAUGAUACAUGAAUCCGCGUUACUUACGUUCCACUCUCUUUUCUUACUUUCAUGCUUUCUGUGUGAAUCUAGCUCUCUUAAAUAUUAUGUACCAUUUGGAAGCUUGUUCAUCGAUUCAAUGAUUGAAUAUGUAUACAAAGAUUUUCACAAGAAUCAAAGUUCAACGAUCUUUUCA